AGCUCAAUAGAUCAACAAAUUCCAGAAUGGUAAUGCUUGGUUUCUUUUCACUCAUUGUUUGCUUAUCUGUGGCUGGUUUGCAACUAUGGCAUCUGAAGGCAUUCUUUGAGAGGAAGAAACUCCUCUAGUUUUGCUUUUGAUAGGCUAAUGCAGGGGACCAGUUUAUCAAAUGAGGCUUUGUUAACCCAAUCAAAGUUAGCCUUUUCUUUUCUCUUCUAUUAUUUUUUUUUAAAUAAAAAAAUUAAUGCAAUUUGAAGGGUAAGAUUGUGUGGAUGGCUCCAACCUUUUUAACAUUGGCCUAAUCAAAUCCUUAACUACUUAUUGUGAUUGGAUCCCUGAUCAUUUUAUGUGUACCCCUUUGGAGAUGAUCCCAUUACUGACAAGUGGAUCUCUUAUUUCUUAAUAUACUUUAUUGAAUAUU